CACACUUGGCUCUAAUGCUCUAUAAUAAAGAUAUCUACUCAUAUUUAAUUUAAUCCAUAACACAAAAAAAAAUAAAAAAAAGGAUUCGAGUAAUUUUCACUGCUAAUCACACAAACAACUUUACUCUUCAAAUAUUAACCAUAAAUGGCGUCUAAACAAGAACUUGUACAUGUGUUAUUAAUCACGUUUCAUGGACAAGGCCAUGUGAAUCCACUCCUUAGACUUGGCAAGCUCAUAGCUUCAAAGGGCAAAGUUCUGGUCACCUUCUCUGCUAUCAAAUCAGCAGGGAAGAAAAUGAAGGAAGCAGGCGCAGCCGUCGAUAGUAAUCCUACUCCAGUUGGGAACCGUGGUGGCAAGAUACGGUUCGAGUUCUUUGAUGAUGGAUGCUCUGAAGAUAAUGAUGACGAGCGCUAUGAUUUUGACACUUACUUCCCUAAGCUUGAAGCUUUUGGAAAGAGCUCCAUCACUGAAAUCAUCAACCAUCAUGCGAAAACUGGACUGCCCGUCUCAUGCCUUAUCAAUAAUCCUUUUGUGCCUUGGGUUUCUGACUUAGCCGCAGAGCUUAACAUACCCUCUGCUAUGCUUUGGGUUCAAUCGUGUGCUUGCUUUUCAUCUUAUUAUCACUUUGAAAAUUCGUUGGUUCCUUUUCCGAGUGAGGAGCAACCCACGAUUGACGUCCAUUUGCCCAACAUGCCGGUAUUGAAACAUGAUGAGAUUCCGAGCUUUUUACAUCCUUCAACGCCUUACCCGUUCUUGAGAAGAGCUAUUUUGGGCCAGUUCAAGAACCUGUCAAAGGCAUCUUGUGUAUUAAUGGAAACAUUUCAAGAACUUGAAGAUGAUGUAAUCAAGUACAUGUCUAAAAUAUGCCCAAUCAGACCCAUCGGGCCAUUGUUUAAUAACCCUCUACUCAAAACCAGCUCUAAUAUCUCUGGUGAUCUUAUAAAAGCUGAUGAAUGUUUGGAGUGGCUCGACAAAAAGGAUUCUUCAUCAGUUGUUUAUAUAUCGUUCGGAAGUGUUGUGAGCUUGAACCAAGAGCAGGUAAAUGAGCUAUCUUAUGGUCUUUUAAACUCAGGUGUGUCUUUUUUGUGGGUUAUGAGAAUGGGUAAGACGUCUACGGGACAAUCCGGGGAAUUACCUGAAGGUUUCUUAGACGAGGCGGGUGACAGAGGCUUGGUGGUCCAAUGGAGUCCACAAGCAGAGGUGUUGACCCACCCUGCUGUGUCUUGUUUCGUGACACAUUGUGGAUGGAACUCGACCAUGGAAGCACUGUCAAGUGGUGUCCCCGUGGUGGCAUUCCCGCAUUGGGGUGAUCAAGUGACUAAUGCGAAGUACUUGGUUGAUGAAUGGAAGGUUGGGAUAAGAAUGGGUAGGGGUGAGGCGGAAAACAGGGUGAUUGGGAGGAAUGAGGUGGAGGAGUGCUUAAGGGAGGCUACUAGUGGUGCAAAGGCGGCCGAGAUGAAGAAGAACGUGUUGAAGUGGAAAAAGGCAGCGGAGGAUGCUGUUGAGGAGGGAGGAACAUCUGAUCGGAAUAUCCAAGAAUUUGUGGAUGAGGUUACGAAGAUAAGCUUGAAGAUUUAAGAUUAAGCCAUCACCAGUGAUUUAUUUACAAGUAAACAAGUGAUUCUUGAGUAAAUUAAUAAGAUAAUUGUAAUUGUAAUGUACGGUAUUUAUAUAAAAGUGGAAUAAAUGGACACUUUACCAGUGCAUUUAGAUGUAAA